AUGUCUUUGGGAUAUGCUUGCAAGGUCGUCACCGUGGCGGCAGGCACUGCCACUUUGUAUGCGGUGACUGACAAUGGAGACCUGUAUUCCUGGGGCCAAGGGGGCCGAGGGGAGCUGGGCACUGGCGGGAUGUCAAAGCUGCUGUCCACGCCCACCAAGGCACCAUGGGCUAAUAGAAUAGGGGCCGUUGCGGCAUCUUCAGGAGGUCGGUUCGCUGCUGCACUUGACCAGAAUGGAAGGCUGUACACUUGGGGAGAAGGAAAAUUUGGACAGCUUGGACAUGGAGACACAAGCAAAAAAACUACUGGGCGGGUUGUGAAGGCCCUGCAAGGCUGCGAGGUGGUGGACAUUGCAUGUGGGGCAGAUUUCAUGAUGGCAAUAACUGCCUGGAAGUCGCGCUCUGCGGGGAGAAAUAUUACCCUGACCAGAACUGUUGAACCCCCAAGUCUCCCUGCGAGCGAGGGAAACAACAACGAAGCACCAGAGAAUUCCUCCCCGGAGGGACAUUUUCGCUACAUUGAUGUUGAUCCAUGCUCCUUGGGUUCUUCCCCCGACAUUUUCGACCCAUCAAUGGAUAGACGAUGUCAGAGGCGAUCCAGAAGGCAUCAUGGCGGCACACGGCCUUUCACAGCCCCGAGUGCAGAACUUACUGCAGAUAUGCUUGACAGUGAAUUUUCUGGUGUAGAAGUCCUUAGUUCUUCGUCACCGGACAUAAGAAACCACCAACGCACAAGACGCUCAGAAGGUGCGUCCACAUCAUCCGCACAAGGCUGGGUGUCUGGAGACGAUAUGCAGAGCAGACUACCAUCAACUUCCAACCACGGCUCUUCUGCAGUGCCCAUUCCCCAGAGAAGUGUGGGCAGGCUGGCCCCUCACUGGCCAGCGCAGACUGGAACCGGGGAUACAGGUCAUUCACCUGGUGGUGUUUGGGGUCUAUCAUGCAGCAUCGAAGAAUUGACCCGAGAGCAAUUCGACCACUCACCUAAAGGCCAGCAGAUGUACCACGCUAAUCUCCGGCGCGCCCUCAAGGCGUUCGCCAACGAUCCCAGUCGCCGGGAGCUGUAUUUCUCCCCCACUCUCACGUCCAGUGAUCGCCACAAGAUGCACAUAGUGGCAGAAGGGCUGGGCCUAGCGCAUGAGAGCGUUGGCCAGGAGCCCUCACGUCAGUUGAUCAUUCGGAAGCCAAGCCAGAGGGGACAUUGGCGAGCUCGCCCCUUUCAUGAUGUGGGGGAGUCUGGUGUUCAUUGGUACCCUAAAACAGUUUGA